AGCGCGGCGGCGGCGGCGGCAGGGAGCGGAGCGGAGCGGGCCGGGGCAGCCCGACGGCGCGGCCAUGGGGAAGGUGCAGCUCUUCGAGAUCCGCCUGAGCGAGAGCCGGGUUAUCUACAGCCCCGGCGAGCCGCUGGCCGGCACCGUCACCGUGCGCCUCGCCGGCUCGCUGCAGUACCGAGCUAUCAAGGUGAGCUGCAUCGGAUCCUGUGGGGUGUCUAACAAGAUCAAUGACACAGCAUGGACCGUGGAGGAGCAGUACUUUAACAGCACUCUCUCUCUGGCAGAUAAAGGGGUCCUGACAGCUGGAGAGCACUCCUUUCCCUUCCAGUUCCUGCUGCCAGCCUCUGCUCCUACAUCGUUUGAAGGCCCUUUUGGCAAGGUCCUCCAUCAGGUGAAAGCUGUGAUAGACACACCUCGCUUCUCCAAGGACUACAAGUGCAGCAAGAUCUUCUACAUUCUCUGCCCACUUAACUUGAAUGACAUCCCUGAUAUUGAGCAGCCCAACACUAUGUCAAUCACAAAAAAGUUCAACUACAAGCUUGUGAAAAGUGGCAACAUUAUCUUGACUGCCACCUCAGAUCUCAAAGGGUACAUCGUGGGGCAAGCAAUUCAGCUUCGCAUGGAUAUAGAGAACAAAUCAGGCCGCGACACUGGAGCUGUGGUGGCCAGUCUGCUCCAGAAAGUGGCUUAUAAAUCCAAGCGCUGGAUUUAUGACUUGAGGACCAUUGCAGAGGUGGAAGGCUCAGGAGUGAAAGCCUGGAAACACGCAGAAUGGAGGGAGCAGAUUCUUGUUCCAGCAUUGCCCCAGUCCAUUCUGCAGGGCUGUAGUCUCAUACAUAUUGAUUACUACAUCCAGGUUUCUCUGAAGUCGCCAGAGGUUUCAGUUACUCUCCCCAUAUAUAUUGGUAACAUUGCUGUGAACAGGGUCCCUCUCAGCCCCUCCCAGUCAGUGCCGCACAUACCGUCUGCUGUGGUACCCAGUGCCCCCCCGGAGGAGGAGGCUGCCAGUGGUUAUCACCCGAUGGACAAUGUUUCGAUCCCCACCAAAAGCCAUUCCCAGCAGCAGCCGUUCAGCUAUGCUCCAGGACUGACCUUCCAGGAAAUAAGGCUGGACUCGGAGCAGACGGGCUCCCCAAACCAUCCCACGCUCUGCCUGUCAACAGGAGCCACUGUCCCUUAUUAUGCUGAGGGGAACGUGGUGCCUGUUCCCACAGCCAGCUCUCUCAUUUUGCCUCCAGAGUAUACCACGUGGGGCUACCCAUAUGAGGCACCUCCAUCCUAUGAACAGAGCUGCAGCAGUGCCAACUCCAGCAUCAGCAAUGGCAAUUAGCCUCCCCUGCUUUGAGUCCCGUUGGUGCUGCCCACCCCCAGGCACCACAGGUCACCGGCCGACUGCGAAGUCUGGUACAGCACAAGGCGUCUUUUUAUCUCUGCGGCUGCUUGGCAGGGUAAAUGGUGCAUCCCAACUUGGGCUUUUUAAGCCUCUUUCUUGGAAGGGGAGAAAAAAACAAAACAAAACAGGCAGCCAGAGCAGCCUUGGGUGUUUGUAGGAGAGGUCUGGGAAGCAGAACCACCUCCUACAGCUGCACAGAGUGCUGCAGGACUGAUUUUGCCCCUGGGAUGCCCUAUGCAGCAGCCUGUGUUUAAAGUACUGUAGUCAAUACUAACUGCUUUACUAUCAAAGCACCUGCGAUGCCUUAUUUGAAAUGCUCCUGACUUGGCAUGUCUGCACUGUAGGCAAAGGCUGGGCUGUGUGGACUUUUCCUUCUCUUUUGUGGGCCACGUACUCUCCAGAAACGUUUUGACAGCCUCCUCCCCUUGUCCUUAUAGGCCUUAAGGGUAGCUGAAACAGGAGGUUUCUUGGAGUAAGCAGGUUUGGAAGGUGAGGGACUUCUGACAAGCCAAAAGCACAAGCCCUUGUUGAUGUAUCUGUAUUGUGGGGUGAGUGACUGGCAGCCUUUGGUCCUCUAGCAGCGGGCUGGACUGCUGCCCGCGUGCUCUGAGUGGAGAACAGGCUCUGGUGGCAGGGAGAUCACUGGGGUACUUCCUAGCAACCCAAGAGGCCCUGAUGUGCUGUGGAAGGAAAGCGCCCUGUCGUUAGCAUGGGUAUCCAUCAGGCUGCUUCUGGCUUUCUUUGGCAAGACUAACUUCCCAGAAGCCCUGCAGGAGGCUGUGGCCUGCUGGUCUCCAUCCUUGCUUGCUGCUAGACCUGCAGCACACAGGAUAAACAGCGCUACUCAUUUUGCUGGGGUGGGGGGACCAAAUCCCCAAUGUCCCAUCUCCCACACCUGUGCGGUGCCCUCUCCCUCCCAGCUGCCGCUGCCUUAGGCAGGCCAGAAUUAUGUGACAAUCAAGCUACAAAAGUCGAUCUGAUGCUACCUCUGAGUCUGCCCAAGGACCCUGUCCAUGGAAGCCCUUUCCUCUGAGGUGAGCCUCAUUCAAGGCUCAGCCUGGCGUCUCCUGCAGGAGCGGUCCACAGUGCUAAGCAAGUGCCGAGGGCACUUGGCCUGGGGACUGUUCUCUCUGCGAGCUGGUACUGGUUUACUGCUUGUCUCCUGAGCUGCUGCUUGAGCCACAGCAGGAUGUGAAAAUGAGUGAGAGGGAGAACAUUCUGCUAUGCCUCGUUUGCAAUCUCUGCUGGAACUGGCAGGUCAGGGGAAGAAGCUGGUGUAUUUAAAAGAACAUUUUUCUUUUAUGCUUUUUCUUGUGUUGUUUAGCUUUUUAGUAUUGACUGCCCAAUGUGAAGAAAUCACAAAUCAGAUAUUUAAAGCUAUAGGCACUCAGCCAAGGCUGAAAUUGUGGACUGUAGAGCUUCGGCACCUCUGAGAAUUGGUCUCCACACUGCUUCAUGCUGGGCAGGCAAUAGCUAGCAAACCUGUUAUGAGCGCUGCAGCCUCUGCCUCCUUGUUUUAGCCUGCCUCUGCACACCCCUGGCAGGCAACUGGUGACAGCCCUGCUUUGCACUCUUUCUUUGCAAAUGCUUUCUUUUUUUAAAGUGUUGACUGCUUUAAGGAUAGUGUAAAGGAGGUGCCGUUCCAAGCAGUGCUAGCACAACAUGCACCAAUGUUGAUAGAAUGAUUGUCAUUGUCCAUUAAUAUAUAUAUAUAUAUGAGAUGAAGUUUUGUUUUUAAUGAUUGAAAUCAUAAAUACAAAUUUUAAUGCUGUAUUUAAUAAAUUAUUCUAAGAGAAAUAUUGUGCUUUUUCAUCCAUUUCUGAUACUUACCCAUGUGCCUGUUCAUGCCAAAUCCAGGAAUGCACCUUGCUGAUUUCUUUAAAAAUUAAGGAAGGUUUUUGCCCCCAUGGGAAAGAUAGUGACUUCUGCCAAGACAGCUCUGUGAAACAAGCACUGUGUGGCCUGGCUGACUGCAAUGCUGCAUCCUUAGUUCCAGGUGACUGGAGAAAGUUGGGCACCAUGUGGGCUCAGCUCUGGAGAGAGUAUGUGCUGGACUGCUUCCCUGGCCCUGUGCUGAGAUGCCAUAGCUUGUCCAAAUGGUGUCUUACUUAGUGCUCUCUGCAGUCUUAAUUCAAGCCAGCAAGGAAAAGGUGGUCUGGUGGGGAUGAAGGGAAGGGUAAAUUCAUCCUUCAGGAGGAUGGAGAUGGGAUAGCCAAGAUCUGGCUGGAAAGACUGGUGGCCACCAACCCAUUACUCUCUUCUAGGAGCCACGCUCCUAAAGAGUCAUUGGGAAGAGACUUAUUAAAAAUGAAUGAGGGUUCCUCCCAAAGUGUACAGACUUUGAUACCAUGUCUGACAUGUGUAGGUGUGCAAGGGUGUGUUAUAGAGGCUGUCACUGCAAGUAGUCUGAGGCUUGAUCUGUGUCUUAGACACAAGGGUCCUUCUUCACCCUCUGCUUGACUAGUGCUUUAUUCCCAGUCUUUAUUUAGGACUGACCUACUUGCCUGGAGGUUUUUGUCUGCCAUGAAAAACAUUAUUGAUAUGCAGGAGGUGAAAGGCAGAUGCUUGUUCCUUCUUAAAGAUACAUCUUAAAGAUCAUCUCUUCCUGCUAGUUAGUUGAGCCUGUUUUGCCUGGCUGAGCCUGUAGGUCCCGUGCCCUUCCUUGUUCUCUACAGUUAGUCUGUAGUUGUGCUGGUCUGUCCUAUUAAACCAACAGGACAGAUUCCUUUUUCUCAUUCAGUGUUACCUGUGCUUCUUUCCCCUUUCAGGACAUAUUUUUGUCUGCACCUAUUUCUUCCUUUCAGGCCUGAACCCAAAUCCCUUUCACACCUCUGGAAAAGUUUCUGUGAGCUCUCAAAGGUCCUGGGUAUGAUGGGUUUGGGCUACAGCCUCCUGACCCAGCUGAGGGCUGGGGAGAGGCAGCCUGUGCUGGGGCUGUGGGUUCCCAGUUUCAAUGCUGCAGCACAAGAAGCUGUGCUGCCUGUUGUGUGUUCAGCCCACGCGCCCAUGGUUCUGGGCUGGAAAACUUGAACGCUUUUUUGCUACUGUGGCUCAAGGCAGUGGGAUGCCCUUCUAGUUCCCCAGCCAGUGUUUGUGCUCCUAGUUUAACCUUUGCAGCUGGGAACAGACACCUAUGUUGGAGACUCCAGAGAGGAGAGAGCUGGCAUAUCCUAUACAGCCCUUUGUGUCAUGCCCUGCAGUUCUGGAAUGCUCCAGUGCAUCUAAGCUUACUCAUCCGAAUUAUUUUUGCUAGAAAACUGGCACUUCGGCACCUUUUGCUUUAUGUGGUUUCCCCUCUGCAAAGUAAGGAGCAAAUGAGCAUGCUGCUUCUCGCAAGUGUCCCUCUCCGCAAGCAGCUAUGGAAGGAGCAGGAAGGAGUGGAGGGGUCCAGGCGCUUCUGCUGCGGAAGUGGGGGUAUGUCUCAUGCUUAGCACAAGCACCCUUUGCUACUCCAGUCAAGUCACCUUGUCUCUUUGCCUGGAAGGAAGUGGUAAAACUAGAACUUACUGUCUGCUAUUGAGUGACCUGCCAGCAGGGCUCUCUGACACAGCAUCUAGGUGCGAUCUUAGUUGGAGCUAGACCUAGUAGUAAUCCUAGUUCUUCUUCCAGAUGCGAGGGCUGGGCAUGCAGCGGUCCUGCAGGGGCGAGGCCUUUCUGAGUCCUGCUGGUUGGCUGUGGCCAGGAUGCAGUAAGGGAUCAUCCUGUCUAAAUCUGUCUCUACAAUCUUGCUACUAUGCAAGAUGACAAAAUUAUUUGCAAAGUGCUGUGGUUAUCAAUGGUCCUGUCCUGGUCUUGCUUCCUGAGCCUGUUUCUUAGUGUUGCAAUAGUGAACUGAAGCCUGAGGUGCAAGAGCCUUCCUUAUGUUUCAUAAGGAAGGACCUGUAGACUUCAGGAUGAAAGACACUCAUCUAGAUAGCCCACCUCUUCUUAAAUUUUCUUAAAGCUGUGACUGCAGCAUGCUAUGGUAGCGAGGUCCACUGAAUAGAUGAGUAGUUCGAGUGAGUGUGAUGGGGCAAGAAAAAGAAAUCCUGGGAUUUGAGUAUGUUCCCUUCUGGAAAGGGUGAGUGGACAGCCCCUUCCACUAUGCCUUGGCGCUGUCCCUCUUCUUUGCAGUUUCUCUGAUUUCAACCUCUUUAAGUUAAUGGGAACUCUUUUGGGCCCCUGGUCGUUCUUGUCUCCUCUUUCAGAACUCUGUAAUAAGGAGAAAGAAAGGCUGUUCUCUGAACCCAACUCUGGGUAGAAAACUUUAGUGCAUAGAAAUUCAUUUAAAUUCUUGGCUCAGAUUUUUAAGCAAUUGUUUUUUGGGUUUUGUCUGAAAUGGGGAGGGGAAGUGGUGGGGUGUGAGUGAAGCUUGUGAGAUAAUUGUUUCCAAACUCAGCGUUCAAUGGAAAAUACCAAAAAUAUCUUCUGUCCUUUUAUCUGCUGCUGCUUUUUUGUCUUUUGUGUUUUUGUUCUUGUCCUGCUCGCCACAUGUGCAGCCUCCAUAUUUCAAUGUUGUUUGUGUUCCACUAAACACUGCUUUGGCACCUGCUGUUAUGCCGUGUGCACGAGCUGGGGAGAGGGCAGGAGGCGAGGGACGAGGCGGCCUCUCGGCCCCCGAGCUGCUGUCGUCCCCCCUGAUCGAGCCAGUUGUUUGCUUACUUCUCCCUGCAUCUUGGUGCUGCUCUGUUCUUCCCAUUGUCUAUUCAUGCUGCAGCCUCUCUUGGGACAACUAGUUCCCCUGCUGAGGUUUUGAUUUCAUCAGAAGCCAUUAGGACGACAGGGUAUGCUCCGAUAAUCUGAGCUCAAGCGGAGGGAGAGCAGGGGGAAGGGCUUUUCUCAUCCUUUUCUCCAGCUCUUCUUUUUGGUGGACCUUGUGUUCUUUUUAGCUUUCUACUGACCCUGCAGUAGCUUUGUAAAAGCAGGUAUUUUCCGCUAUGACCACAGAAGGAAGUUUUCCUAUUGACUCAGCACAAAGUAGAAUAUAAAAGGUUGUCUAAGGUCUGAUUGGCUUUUAUUCUAUAUUUUUAAAUAUUUCCAAACAUCUGCAACAGGAACAUCUGUCCUAUUCAUCCUCCCCAAGAAAGACUGGUGGGGGAAAAACCCUCAAAACCUGUGCCCUUUCUUGCACCGAUACUCAUGGCUGUGAUUCUUUACUCUUGUGGUUCUCUUUACAGAUUCCGGGGUUUUAUACAACAGUAUUUCUGAUGGCUCUGUACGACCUAAUAUUUCUGCACAUUUUAUUACAUGGUUUUAAAUGUAAACUAACAGUUUUACAUGUUUACCACAGCUUCUGGGGAGUUUUUUUGUCCUGAAUUUUGAACCACCAAAUGUAAAGACCUGCAAAUGUAAAUAAAGAGCUCCUUUUGUAA